UCCCGGGCCGCCGCUGCGGGCGGGGAGCAGCCCGGGCCCGCAGUGUAACCUUUUUUUCUAUGAGGGAGAGAGGGGAGCCUCAAAAUGUCGUCCAGCGGCGCCCUGAGUAACUACUAUGUGGACGCCCUGCUAGGCCCCGAGAGCGAGGAGGUGUACGCGGGCCGCUUGGUGGCGGCGGGGCCUUCGAGGCCGUCAGGUGCGGGCCCGGACGGGGGCGACUUCUCGUCCUGUAGCUUUGCCCCCAAAUCGUCCGUGUUUCCCACCGCGUGGCCCGCCGUGCCCGCUCAGCCCCCGCCGGCCGUGCCCGGGCUCUACCACCCCUAUGCGCCCCAGCCCCACCUGGCCACCGCCGAGCCCGCCCGCUACGUGCGCUCCUGGAUCGAGCCCUUCCCCAGCCUCCCGGGCGGCUCCAGCUCCUCCUCCUCCACCACCUCCUCCUCCUCCUCCUCCUCCUCCUCCUCCACCGGCUCCGGGCGGCUCUACGGGAUUAAGCCUGAAACGGGACCGGCGGCCUCCACCUCCUCCUCCUGCACCACCUCCUCCUCCUCCACCUCCUCCUCCUCUUCCUCCAAAAGGACUGAGUGCGCCUCGGCCCGGGAGUCCCGGGGGAUCAGUGUGUCCGAGUACACGUGCAAUUCCUUCCUGCAGGAGCCCGAGGAGGAGGAGAAGGCGGCCGGGGGGAAAGAGGCUCCCGGAGGCAGCGACCAUCCCGGCCGGAGCAGCCAGCUGAAGGAAGAACAACAGCAGCAGCAGCAGCAGCAGCAGCAACAACCGCAGCAGCCGCAGCCGCAGCAGCAACUUGACCCAAAUAAUCCUGCAGCAAACUGGAUCCACGCACGUUCCACCAGGAAAAAGCGCUGCCCCUAUACAAAAUACCAAACUCUGGAGCUGGAGAAGGAAUUCCUCUUUAACAUGUACCUCACCCGAGACCGGCGCUACGAAGUAGCUAGGAUUUUAAACCUCACAGAGAGACAGGUCAAAAUCUGGUUCCAGAACCGAAGAAUGAAAAUGAAAAAGAUGAACAAGGAGAAAGGCAGCAAAGGCGACUAACCAGGUGCCCGGAAGGUGCCCCCGGUGUGCUUAAAAGAAAAAAAAAAAGCUCUCUGGGCUUCCAGAAACUCUCCACCGAUUCGGGCUUUUGGGGGUUAGAAGUGAAAUGUGGUCUCCUUAAGGUAUUUUCGGAACUCUGUAUUUGCUCGCUGAUGUGUUUCUAAAGUGACUUCCCUCUUCCCCGUCUCCCUCUUCCGAAUGGGUUUGGUCCCCUGGAAAUGAUCUGUUGUGAGUGCACGCUAGCUUUGGGAAACUCUAAUGUGUAAUGUCUGACCUGUUUCUGAAAAGUGAUGUAGUCUAGAUACCCGCUUUCCACAGUGAAGGGGAAGUGUUUAAUCAUGGUGAUGAUAAUAAUGCAAGCAUAUUAAAAGUGCGGUUGCUUCCAUCGACGGCAGCGCUGGGUUGGCCACGAAUUAUUCCGAAAAACCUUUCGCCUCCCUCUUUGCGAUUUUGGUUUCUGCAUCUUGCUGGUUUGCCAUAAAUCCCAGCCAGGGGCAAGAGGAGCCUCCGGUGUUUGUGUUUUGUUUUGUUUCUCAGUGCACUUUUAAGAGGUCGUCUCAUACUUGAAGCGGUUCGCCACGGGCCUAACCUGUUACCGGUCGCUGCACGCCGUCGUUGGGAGCGUGGGCUGCUGUGUACUGGCCAUCCUAUUUUUCUAGCUGAAGAUCAGUUGUAAAUGUUGCCCCGGUUAUUACCAAUAAAGGCUGACCUGAUCACAUGAAAUCACCGGG